AUGCUGAUUGGACAGUUGGUGACGAAUAGACAGCUGGUGACAAAUAGACAGCAGGUGACAAAUAGACAGCAGGUGGCGAAUAGACAGCUGGUGACAAAUAGACAGCAGGUGACAAAUAGACAGCUGGUGACAAAUAGACAGCAGGUGACAAAUAGACAGCAGGUGACAAAUAGACAGCAGGUGACAAAUAGACAGCUGGUUACAAAUAGACAGCAGGUGACAAAUAGACAGCAGGUGACAAAUAGACAGCUGGUGACAAAUAGACAGCAGGUGACAAAUAGACAGCAGGUGACAAAUAGACAGCAGGUGACAAAUAGACAGCAGGUGACAAAUAGACAGCUGGUGACAAAUAGACAGCAGGUGACAAAUAGACAGCUGGUGACAAAUAGACAGCAGGUGACAAAUAGACAGCAGGUGACAAAUAGACAGGUGACAAAUAGACAGCUGGUGACAAAUAGACAGCAGGUGACAAAUAGACAGCAGGUGACAAAUAGACAGCAGGUGACAAAUAGACAGCUGGUGACAAAUAGACAGCAGGUGACAAAUAGACAGCUGGUGACAAAUAGACAGCAGGUGACAAAUAGACAGCUGGUGACAAAUAGACAGCAGGUGGCGAAUAGACAGCUGGUGACAAAUAGACAGCAGGUGACAAAUAGACAGCAGGUGGCGAAUAGACUGCUGGUGACAAAUAGACAGCAGGUGGCGAAUAGACAGCUGGUGACAAAUAGACAGCAGGUGACAAAUAGACAGCAGGUGACAAAGACAGCAGGUAAGGCGAUCAACUGGCCCACAGAGUUUAAAUUGGGUGGGUUUGGGCUCCCGAGAGACCUGGGUAAAUACGGGUUUGGGAUCACGAGAGACCUGGGUAAAUACGGGUUUGGGCUUGUGAGAGACCUGCAAGAGGCAAGCAUAAAGAAGCACAAGGCUGAGGCAAGCAUAAAGAAGCACAAGGCUGAGACAAGCAUAAAGAAGCACAAGGCUGAGACAAGCAUAAAGAAGCACAAGGCUGAGACAAGCAUAAAGAAGCACAAGGCUGAGACAAACAUAAAGAAGCACAAGGCUGAGACAAGCAUAAAGAAGCACAAGGCUGAGACAAGCAUAAAGAAGCACAAGGCUGAGACAAGCAUAAAGAAGCACAAGGCUGAGACAAACAUAAAGAAGCACAAGGCUGAGACAAGCAUAAAGAAGCACAAGGCUGAGACAAGCAUAAAGAAGCACAAGGCUGAGACAAACAUAAAGAAGCACAAGGCUGAGACAAGCAUAAAGAAGCACAAGGCUGAGACAAGCAUAAAGAAGCACAAGGCUGAGACAAGCAUAAAGAAGCACAAGGCUGAGACAAGCAUAAAGAAGCACAAGGCUGAGACAAACAUAAAGAAGCACAAGGCUGAGACAAGCAUAAAGAAGCACAAGGCUGAGGCAAACAUAAAGAAGCACAAGGCUGAGACAAACAUAAAGAAGCACAAGGCUGAGACAAGCAUAAAGAAGCACAAGGCUGAGGCAAACAUAAAGAAGCACAAGGCUGAGGCAAACAUAAAGAAGCACAAGGCUGAGACAAACAUAAAGAAGCACAAGGCUGAGACAAGCAUAAAGAAGCACAAGGCUGAGACAAGCAUAAAGAAGCACAAGGCUGAGACAAGCAUAAAGAAGCACAAGGCUGAGACAAGCAUAAAGAAGCACAAGGCUGAGACAAGCAUAAAGAAGCACAAGGCUGAGACAAACAUAAAGAAGCACAAGGCUGAGACAAGCAUAAAGAAGCACAAGGCUGAGACAAACAUAAAGAUGUAA